AAGGAGGCCUUGUGUGAAGAUGUUAUUUAUGCACUUCAGAGGCUUGUCAAAGGAUUAGCAUCUUCAAGACAAGGAGCAAGACAGGGAUAUGCUACAGCACUUGCAGAGCUAUUGGCAUUGCUACCUGUCAUCAGCUUGAAAGAGGUGUUUGUUUUGAUUAAGAAUCAUCUCCAUUCCAAGACAAGUAAACAGGAGGAACGAGAGCAUCUUUUUGGCCAGGUGUUUGCAUACAUCGCCGUAGUACAAUCUGGCAGACUGCAAGCAGAAGAUGGAAAGUAUACAGUAAAUGUUCUUGCAAAGCUUAAAGCAUUUGCAGACAAGAAAAGCUAUCUACAGGAAGUAUGCACUCAGGCAGCAGCAGACUUGAUUUGUAUGAGCUCGAAAGAAACCUUUAGUGAGCAUAUCUGGCCGUCUUUGAAGACUGACCUGAGUUGUGGCUGGGAAGGGUGUCCCCCUCACGUUUUGCAGAUCCUGUUAACAUGCCAUCGCUGUUUUCCUGAUGUUGUUAAAAGCAAAUUUCUGAAGACACAUUGGCAGCACAAAGACAUCUUACAUCGUGGCAAUCUUGGUCACAUUGUAAAAAUCCUCACAGAGUCUACAAUUAUCUCGCAUCCAAAUGUCAACCACGUCUGUGAUGAAGUGCUCAAGCUUGUUCUUCAAGAUCAGGAAAAACUUGCUGUGUUUUGUCAACAGGUUAUAGAUGAUGGGUUGCUCCUUGCUCGGCAAGAAUGUCGAUACCUUGCACUACGACUUGUAGAGCGUCUUCUACGUGAGUGUAGUGCGCAAAGUGUUGAUCAUGUGAUUAGUCCGGCUGUUGUAAAAGUUUUCCUUAAUAGCUUGGCAAACAAACAACAUUUUCUACAUGAAGCUAGUAAAAAAUUUAGUACAACAUUACCAUUGGUUGUCAAAGAGAUUCAAGAUGGUGUUACGCAAGUUGAAAUUGUAAAAUGUCUUAUAAGCAAGUAGGUAGAACAUCUUUUUUUCUGUACUGUAACCUAAAUUUAUGUAUUUAUAUAGAAGCAUAAUACGUAUUAUUAAUGUAUAUAGCAACUAGGUAUAAUCUCUUAUAUACAGCAUGCUUGGAUGUAUGGCUCUGCAAGUCAGUAAGCAGGACUUUUCAUUUAUAGGAUUUUAUAUAGCGCAAAUAUCCAGAAAACUGCUUAAGGCGCUUUUGUCCAUGGUCAUUGGAUACAAAAUUAUUCAUAUAAAGCAUGUGACCUCCUCCGCUCCCUGGGAGGUAUUU